UAUUUAUUUAAUGCUUAAUUCCGCACUCUCGCCCGCUUGCUUGAUCGUCACGACUAAUCGGUCAGAAUGAGCUGCAACGGCUGUCGAGUGCUGCGAAAGGGGUGUGGCGAGGAGUGCGUUCUCAGAUCGUGCCUGCAGUGGAUCGACUCUCCGAAAGCCCAAGGCAACGCGGUCCUAUUGCUCGCCAGGUUCUUUGGCCGGAGCGACCUCAUUUCGUUCGUCUCCGCCGUCCCCGAAUCCCAGAGGCCCGCUAUGCUCCAGUCCUUGCUGUAUGAAGCGUGUGGGCGUACGGUGAACCCGGUGGACGGUGCGGUGGGACUUCUAUCACGUGGCAAGUGGCACGUGUGCCAGCAGGCGGUGGAGACGGCGCUCGCCGGUGGUUCUCUGACGCCUUUGGUGGAGAAUACUAGCGCAUUCGGUACCGACGAAUCUGCGGUGAAAAAUCUCUCCUGUCCAUCCGCUCCGUCCAUGCAUGAAAAUCAGCCGUCCGAUCUUCUCACUCUCUCACUGGCGCCUAAGUUCUCCAACGAGAUCCGUUCUGCCCUGAGACCCGGCCCAUGGAGUGACUGUCAGAGAGUCAAACGGUCGAAGGAUGUGAAGAUGUCGUCGAAUUCCGAGGAGUCCAUGAUGACGAGCUUUGGGAGUUCUGGCAACGAUCGGAAGCUUCUUAAUUUGUUUGUGUGAGAGAGAGUUAGGUAUAGAGAAAGUUUUUGUCUCCGAUGAAACCCUGCGGUUUAGAGGUGACUGAGAGACGAUGUAAGAGAGAAAUAAUACUGGUAAUAAGAACCUUUUAGCUUCAUGUGCCGGAAAGUUCUCCGGCGAGUUUUUGGACAA